CUCUAUCGAUCUAAACGUUGGGGAAGUCAAAACCAAAAUGGCGGCCUCCAUGAACUGCAUCAUGAAGUCAAAGUUUCGUUGAGGCCUACAUGUACCUUGCACAAGCUAAGUCUUUUGUGAGCCUGUGUGUUAAACUUCACAAUGGCUCGGCCAGCUUCCAAAGAAAGCUUCAAGCAGAGGAUUACCAGCAUCUUCCGCAGGAAGGAAAGUGCUAACAUUCCCAAUGUAGCAACCGAGUCCAGAUUUGAGGAGUUCCUCAUUACUCCAGCUCUACUCAAGGAGAUUCACAGGGAGAGUCCGUUCAGUCAAAGGGUCAAAGCAGUAAGAGAUCUAUGUGAAUUGGUGACGACCAAAAGACUGGAAGAUAAUGGGAUUGAAGCUCUGUGGGCAGCAACAGCAGAUUUCCUGGAGCCUCAGGUUCCAAUGGAACACAGACACCUCAUGUUGACAUUUAUGAAAUGUAUCAUUGUUGGUCAGAAUGAAAGGCUUGAGCUCAUGAGGGCAGUAUUCUUCGAGGUUAUCAAGAAGCACUCAAUCUUUGAAGAUCUGCCUCAAAGAUUGGAUGUCUUGAAGUCACUCAGCGCCAAUGGUAAAAACCUGCUUCACUUUGAGGAGGACAUGGGACCAUUCCUAUUGGCCUGGAUGCCUGAUGUUAUCAGUUAUGGCAUGACUGCUGAGUUUUUAGGUCUUCUUGUCAAUGUCUUCAAGUUCAACUCCUGUUACCUUGAUGACCACAUUGUGUCUGGACUUGUAAGGCAUACGUGUACAGUGUGUAGUCGUACAGGUCGUGAAUAUGACAUUGAGCAGUCUUUGAAGGUCUUGGAAGCUGUGGUUUGUUAUAGCUGUCUACCUACAGAUGCACUCUACAACUUUGUGACAGCACUGUGUAGGACGGUUGGAGUGCAGGAAUUUGCUCAGGCCAGUUGGAAGUUGAUGCGAAAUCUGUUCGGAACUCAUCUAGGUCACAGUGCAAUCUAUACAAUGUGUAGUAUCAUGGAGAAUGGGCAGAACCAAGGCGAUGUAAUUCUACUCAGAGGAGCAGUGUUCUACGUUGGUAUGGCACGUUGGGGAUCAAUGAGAGUGCAGUCACUCAAACACAACUUCACCUCUGUCCUACCAUCAUUCCUGAAGGCUUUACGUUGCAAGCAUCCCACAGUAGCAUAUGAAGUGACUCUUUCCCUUCAGCGAUUGGUCAAGAAAUAUGGCAAGGACAUGCAGCCUGUCACUUGGGACAUUGUGCUGGACAUUAUUGAGGACCUCUUCAGAAACAUACAGAUCUAUUCUACCCAUGAGCUUUUGCCUGAUGAUCUUCACGAUCUGUUGACGACAACCGAGCUGCUUCAUGAGAGUAAAUCAUUCAGUGGUUCUGCUUCCAGGCUGUUUGGUAUUGUUGAGGAGUUUGCUAACAUUAGACCGGAGAGUUCCGUCCUGACAUUGGUGUCAUUCCGAGCCCAGUCCAUCCAUCCUACCAAAGUUGAUUGGAUUCAGAACCUUCAAGGAUUGAUGGAUAGUUAUUUCAGAACUGAAGACCGUACAGCAAUCAGGGAAGCAGCACUGCGCGUCUUGUCAUCAGUUCUCAGCUCCACAAGUCACCUGUAUGAGGAUGACUUGAUUGAGAUGGUUGUCUUGCCUCAGCUUGGCCACAUCUCUGAGGAUCCCGACCCUGUCGUCCGUCAAGCUGCUGUUCAUCUUUUGAUGGACGUGGCUCAAGUUUGCCAAACUCAUCGCUGUGUGGACAUACUGGACAUUAUACAGAAGGUUGUCAUGAGACCCAUGCACACCGAAGCAAGUCUUGGUAUCACCUUAGAGCCAACUGAUACAUCCAAGAAUCUUGUCCCGCAUCAGAGAGUCGCUGAGACAGAUGAAGAUCUUGUAGAUAUCAAAGCAGCUGUGCUCAGUCUCAUGGAGCUCUUCAGGUCUAAGUUGUAUCGUCUACCAUCCAAUCAUUGUGUUCUUGCUUUUGAGCUGUUAGUGAAGCAUAUGCAGGCACAGUACCAGCAUACAUUCAACUCAGUCACAGCUCGGACAAUCAGACUCAUGGUAUUUGAGUAUCUUCUCAUGCUUCGUUCAGACAGCAUGUAUCACAUCGGUCUCCCAGACAAAGAUGGAAACAUCAGAUACAGCUCCUACGUUCUCUGUGAUUACAAACUUGAGAUGGAUAUCACUGGUAAGACCUCUCCACCUUCAGUUUGUGCAUCUCCUCCCAUCGUGGAACGUUUCUGUAAGACAACCUUCAUUCCCUUUGCUGAUGCUUUCAAGGUUAUCACGACCUGCUUGAAAUAUGAGACAGACUGGCACGUACUGAACAAGGUGUCACAGAGUUUGGCUAAAGCCCUGCAGAAUAGAACGCUGGUCCUAGCAUCCAAUGCAAACUUGGAUUUGCUGUGUUUGACACUCUGCACUAUGGUUGAUGAUAAAAGUCACAUUCGCCGACUGCAUCACACACCGCAGACAUUCACUAGAGCUGAUUUCUAUGUUGGAGUGUAUCGUGUUCUGACAGCCCUAGUGCCUUACCACACUCAACUUGAGAACAGACGACAGGUUGACCUUAUCAAAUGUCUGGAGGCUGGGCUGAAGCUGAAGUGUGCCCAACAAUGCGUAGAUGGGCUAACGCUGUGCGUCAUGGAAAUGCAAAAUACAAUGGUCAAAAUACUGCCCUCUAUCAUCCUGGAGAUGUCUAAGAUGUCAGCCACUCCUAACAUGGCCAUCCCUGUCUUGGAGUUCCUAUCAAGUUUGAUUUGGUUUCCGCAUCUAUAUACCAGUUUUGUAGAGAACCAGUAUAUGAGCAUCUUUGCUGUGGCGUUACACUAUACCAACCCCUUCAAGUUUUCAUUGUAUGUAGUGUCGCUGGCUCAUCACGUCAUUGCAAUGUGGUUUAUCAAAUGCCGUUUGGCAUUCCGCAGAGAGUUUGUUAAUUGUAUUACAAGGGGGCUUAGAGCAAGUUCACCUAAGAUGUCAUUAGACAGUCCGGGACGUGUUAAACUACGUAGAAGCAGCAGCUUGACUGAGAAAACUAGCCAGUUGUCGAAGAAAGAUGGUGGUAAAUCCCAAGAGAAAACUCAGGAAUCUGAGCGUGCGAGUACUGAGAUACUGAGUGAGUUACACUCAUUACUCACUGAGGGAUGUCUUGACAUGAUGGCUAGAUAUGCACAUUCCAACUGCACUACAGUACCAAAGAGGUCCCCUGUCGCAGAAUUUCUCCUGGCUGGUGGCCAAUCACAGUCCUGGUUGCUUGGCAAUAAGAUCAUCACCAUAACAACAAGUGGUGGAAGUUCCAGAAUGCAGAAGAACGGGAUUUGUGAGAAGUGCCAAUCGCUCAUCAAACUUGAAACUGGAGAGGAUCCAAAGCAGUGCAGCACAGAGAGCUCUACCAUCUGGAAGUCAGGGGAAUCCAGCAAAUCUGUUGAUGAGCCUUCUGGGGAGCAGCUGGCUCUGUCCAAGGGGUUUCUCAGAAGGCAACGGUCCAAGUCUGGAGAGAAAUCAUCAAGUCGUGGGACUACUUCUCCAUCCUCAUCCCCACUUCCCACUGACAAAUCCAAAUCCUUUGAGUAUAAUGCCCCACCAACUCCUGAGAAGUCUGUGUCUGAGACACGAGGAUCUCGUGCCAAUAGUCCACCGCCUCCCAAGUCUGGAAGAACCAGCGGUGAUAGCCACAAGUCUAAGUCUGGAGCAGCAAGUCCUUGUAGUACAGGCCGGGCUGGUUCUCCAGUAGUAGGUGAAUUGAAGCCCCAAGCAGAGACAUCUAAGGAGUUUAUGGAACGAGUUCAAGCAUCAUUACAUGAGAGAGCAGAGUCUUCAGCUGCCAAACUAUCCUCACUUAAUGUCUAUCAGUGCAACUGUUGGUGUCAGGGGUGGGCUGAGGUGUACGUGAGACGUCCAACUGGCAACACAUCAUGGAUUAUGAGGAUUGAGAAUGGGGGCGCCCUUCUCCCAACUACGCAGGACUUCCCAUUGGCAGAUAUCUCUUCACUCUUGCUGCGUAAUCGAGAGCUGGAUUUAGAGAUCGAUGCCAUUGAGUUUGAGGAUGAUGAUGAUGAUAAAGAUGAUACAGAAGAGAUGAUACUUGAGGGAGAUGGCAAGAUGGGAUCACAGGAGAAGGAUGUGGAGCAUAGCAACCAAUCAGUUGCGAAGCAACAAGAUGGUGAUGAGGAUUUCAAGUUUUCCAAGCCCAAGCUAGGUCAAUCUCCUCAAGUGCACCAUGGAAUAUCCUACUUCCCAGGAUACACUGCAGCACACACAGAUACUGAAGACCAGAGUGUCGACAUGGCAACAGUCAUUGAAGAUGCAACCACUGAUCUGGAAAACAUCACUGAGUUAGUGGAAGAUCCUACAACCGACCGUAGAAUCUUUCCACGAUCUAGCUCAUGUCCAAAUAUCAUGGAGACCUUGACAUCAACAGGAUCAGCGGAAGCAGAGACAGAGGAUCCUGAUGAGUUGAGCACAUCACCAAGGACUGUAGUCAAGAGCUUCCAACAGAAGCAAGCUCCUAUCUCUAGCUCCUACAAAGAGAUGUCUAUACUUGAGCAAAGACUGCUUCUUCAGGACAGCGCUUUUGGGAGUGCAUGUAAAGACAGUGAUGCUCACCCAACUGUAAACGUCCAAGAAACCACAAAUCAAGAAGGUGAAUCAAAACUCCAAGAUGCUGUGGACUUGAUGAAUAAAGACUUGCUCCAAACUGAAGUGGUAUCAACAGCUGCUGCCACUUCAUCAGCAAAGUUUUUAGUGCCACCUGAUGAUGUCUCACCAUAUACUCCAGACCAGACUCAACGGCGUGGAGGACAAAAGAAACCAAGACCUGUGUCUUUACCUCCACAAACCAAUGGGGAGGAGUUACAAAUACAUGUAGCUACAUCAGAUACCAAGAAACAGACUUAUGUUGGAGUGGAUGCCUUAAAAAGGCAACAGCGAACAGAGCUACAUUCGGUGGGACGUCCUAGAGGCCACACAGUAGCUUCCAUGGUGUCAUCUGCUUCCAAUGAGGAAUAUACAGGAAGAAGACGAAGAACUUCUGAGAACAGACCAAGGGUGAUGAACAGAACGGGGCUCAGUCCAAGUUUUAUCUUUCUUCAGAUCUACUAUUCGCCGAUGUUUUCUGAUGACACAGAAAGACCAAUGGCUCUCCCCUUAUCACAGGUGACUCAGCGGGCAGUCAAGGUACUAGACAGAAUUCCACCCUAUGACACACACAAGAUAGGAGUGUUGUACGUAGGAUCAGGCCAGACAAAAGACCAGACAGCCAUCUUAUCUAAUGUCUACGGAUCAACUCGUUAUGUAGAGUUCCUUCGAGGUCUUGGUAGGUUGAUAUCACUCAAAGACGUCUCUCCUAACGAGGUGUACACCGGUGGUCUAGAUCAUCAAGGAAGUGAUGGCAAGUUUGCUUACUGGUGGCACGAUGAUAUAAUGCAAGUAAUUUUCCAUGUGGCAACUCUGAUGCCCAAUAAGGAAUCAGACCCGACUUGUAACUGCAAGAAACUUCACAUUGGUAAUGACUUUGUGUCCAUUGUGUACAACGAGAGUAAAGAACCAUACCCUGGAACAAUCAAGGGCCAGUUCAACUUUGCAGAGAUUGUCAUUGAACCACUAGAUAGUGAGAGCAAUCUGGUCACAGUCCAAGCCAAACAAGACUUGGAGGCAAUGAUUGGAAGCCGUGGUCCGCGGAUGAUCACCAACAAGAACCUGCCACUGUUAGUGCGUCAGAUGGCACUACAUGCCAAUCUUGCUUCUCAAAUCUACCAGAGCCAAAUGCGAGGCAGCUUGGCUGAAGCUUACACCUCUAAUUGGCUGGAAAGAUUGCGUCAAAUCAAACGUCUUAGAGGCAAAAUCUCCCAGGGGGCGCCCUCCAAUACGUUAGCAGCAAUGGCAGCCACGUCGUCUCUUAGACAUCAUGAAAGAAGGAAAGGAUCUUCGGUGACUCUUGAUGACUUCACUGAUUAUGCUUGAGUGCUGGUCGUGUUGUAAUAGUUAAUGUCAAUGAUAUGAAUUGGUUGUUAUUUUAUGGACCAGUCUGAGCAUGUUGUCAACUCUAUCACAAUGGUGUCCUUCCAUGGCAAAAACAUUGUGCUAGCUAUUGUUCAGAUAGUCUGUCAAGGGCUGAUUGCUUGGUAAAAUCCCACACACAAUGGUUUCAUUCAGUGAAGGGGAGUUUGUGCAUUUACAGUUAUCAUAUACCCACAUUUGUCUAUAGUGAUUCAUUUACAAAAGCAUAUUCUCUAGUUUUGUCAAUUAAAAGCACAGGAGACAAGAAAUAUCAUCAGUGACAUUUCACUAAUUAUACUCCCUAGCAGGAUGUGCAUUUGGCAUGCCUUAUACCCCCCCCCCAGUCUGCCUUGAUAUCACCCCUCCACCUUUCCUGCCAACUAGAUCUGCACCUGGAGCCCACUGAUUUACAUGUAUAUGUAACUUUUAUGAAGCAAUGCCACUUAACAUCACUUUAGUCCUGACCAAAUUUUGUUGGUAAAAUUCAGUGCAGAAUUUUAACUGGCACAUGUACCUUUCCAAGUGAUUCACCAAUUUAAUCCAUUUAUGCCGUGCACCGUUAGAUUAAAAGACCUUCCCCAAAAAUACAUUUGAAGUAAAUAUCCAUUGAUUUGAAAUAAUUAAAUUCCCAGUCUGUGUAUGUGAAUUGUUCAAGUCUUAUUCCCAAGGUUUUAGCAAGCCUUACCCUUGUUGGGUCUGUUUAAAGCUCACAUUCCAUAUCACUUACUGUAAGAAACUACAAUUCAUUAAAAGUAAUUAACUUGUAACAAAUUUAAUUAUAUUCAGGAAAUUAAAAACUUGUAACAAAGUUAAUGUCAAACUGGAAUGCUGUUCAUAUCAAUAAUUAAAAACAUUGAUGAAUUUGUAACACAAGUUUCUUUUAACAAAUUGGUAGUUCUAGUGAUUGAUUGGGGAUAUGUUGGUGUGUUUGGUGUUUUUUUGCUAAUUUAGAAAUCUUGUUUGAAAAUUUAAAAGACUUUAUGUGUAAUAUGUGAUUGAGCAAGAAGAACAUUGUCCUGGCAAGUUAAUUGGCUUCUCAGUGAGUAAGCCUUUUUCAUGAAUAUAUAUGACAGAAUUGUCGGUAUAAAAUUGGUUAAACCCUUUCACACCGUACGUCAGUUUUUAAUUGCAAUCCUUGAAAUCUGUUCCAUUUUAGUUAUUUUAAUGUUCAUUGCCACUUAUGAGGGCUUUUUGGUACCAUUUUGCAAGAACAAAACUGCAUGUUACUAGACAGAAACUCGCGUGCACUCAUUUCAGCAUACAAAGUGACCUGAAUUGCAUGUUUUUUUGUUAUUGUUCUGCUUUCAGUGUUUCGUUGUAUGUCAGUAAAUAACACUCGGUGAGACAAUAAGAAAA